UUGGUUAGGAGAUGGCAUUACUGCAUUCCAAAUAAUGUUUUUCUUUUUUUAAAAAAUAAAAAUUCUAACAAACACCACACUCUCACUUCUCAUCCGAGAGUCAUAAAUACAUUUCUGCACAGCUGCAAAAAACGCAUCGAAAUGGAUCAGAUGAAGCCAUGCCCAGCUAAUUCAUGUCCUCAGACCCCUCUCACUUUCCUAGAAAGAGCCGCCACCGUCUACGGCGACUCUCCCUCCGUCGUCUACAAAACCACCACCCACACUUGGUCCCAAACCCACCGCCGUUGCCUCCAACUCGCCUCCUCCAUCGCCGCCUCCAUUCAGAGAGGCCACGUGGUGUCGGUGGUUGCCCCCAACACCCCCGCCAUGUACGAGCUCCACUUCGCCGUCCCAAUGUCCGGCGCUGUUCUGAACACCGUCAACACCCGCCUUGACUCCCAUACUAUCUCCGUCCUCCUCCGUCAUGCCCAGUCCAAGCUCGUCUUCGUCGAUUACCAUUUUCGAGCUCUAGUCCUUGAAGCUCUCUCUAUUUACCCACCAAAUAUACAACAUCCUAAACUCGUCCUUAUCAUGGAUGAUGUGGUUUCAGAUUCAAUCCCCUCAUUAUCCACCGUUAGUGAUUACGAGGGCUUGGUGAAGACCGGUGAUCCUGAGUUCAAGUGGAUCCGCCCUUUAAAUGAGUGGGACCCGAUUACACUUAACUACACCUCGGGGACCACUUCCGCCCCAAAAGGCGUGGUUCAUUCUCACCGUGCGAUUUUUAUCGUGACGCUUGAUUCUCUGAUCGACUGGUCGGUACCCAAGCAUCCCAUCUACUUGUGGACCCUACCCAUGUUCCACUCAAACGGGUGGUGCUUCACCUGGGGCAUGGCGGCGGUAGGCGGAGCCAACAUUUGCCUCCGCAAAGUUGACUCCCCCGCCGUUUACUCCGCCAUACAGCGAAACGGUGUCACCCAUAUGUGCGGAGCUCCGGUCAUUCUCAACAUGCUGUCCAACUUCCCCAGCGCGGUACCGCUGCGCAACCCGGUUCAUUUCCUCACCGGCGGAUCGCCACCGCCAGCCGCCGUGCUCCUCCGAACCGAAUCACUGGGUUUUGUGGUCAGUCACGGGUAUGGGUUGACGGAGCUGUCGGGGGUGGUGGUUUCGUGCGCGUGGAAGCCGGAGUGGAACUUGCUUCCGGCGGCGGAGAGAGCGAGAUUAAAGGCGAGACAAGGGGUGAGGACGGUGGGGCUAACCGAGGUCGAUAUUCUCGACCCGGUUUCAGGAUUGAGCGUGAAGCGAGACGGGUCGACACUCGGGGACAUAGUGAUGAGAGGAGGGAGUCUAAUGCUGGGUUACCUGAAAAACCCAGAAGCAACAGCCAAAUGUAUGAGGGAGAAUGGGUGGUUCUAUACAGGAGAUGUAGGGGUAAUGCACCCAGAUGGGUAUUUGGAGAUCAAAGACCGAUCCAAAGACAUCAUCAUCACCGGCGGCGAGAAUGUGAGCAGCGUGGAGGUAGAGUCGGUGCUGUACUCUCACCCGUCGGUGAACGAGGCGGCGGUGGUGGCUCGGCCGGACGAGUUCUGGGGAGAGACGCCAUGCGCAUUUGUGAAUCUGAAAGUGGGGAUUGAUCGGAAACCGACGGAGAAGGAGGUAAUCGAAUUUUGCAGAACUAAAUUGCCGCAUUAUAUGGUGCCGAGGACGGUGGUGUUCAGCGAAGAGCUUCCCAAGACUUCGACUGGGAAGAUUCAGAAGACUGUUCUGAGAGACAAUGCCAAGGCUAUGGGUUCGUUGGUUGCAGCGAGUCGACUGUGAAUCGCCAUGAAUUUGAUCUGUUUUAAUUCAAGUGUGGAUAUAAAGAUUGGCCAUGAACUAUGAUCAGAGUCACUCUCUGCUCAAGUUAUUAUGUCUUUUUUUUAAGAUUUAUUUUAUAUAAAUUUGGAGAUAUUGUUGGUUUAAUGCCUGCAAUUUAGCUAUUCAAAUUUAAAUUUUAUUUAUUUUUAAUGGAAAUAAGGAUCAAUUUUAUUUAUGAA